GAGUAAUUGAAAUAAAUCGAGCAGCUUCAUCAGCCACGCUUAACGCGAACGACUUGCCAAUCGAUCGCCAGCCAAAGAGAGUUCGCAAUGGCGCACCGCCAAAGCCCACAUCGAUCCAGCGCACUCAACCGCCUCGAAAUCAACAAAGCAAGAAUUCGCAGGCAUGUCCGAUAUGCGAGUCGAUGCCUGGACGACAGAGGAUUGCGAGUGAAGGCAUGAUACAGUGCGACAUUGGCGAGUGCGGUCUGUGGUACCACGACUUCUGCAUCUUCACGGUCAACACGAAAAAGCCAAGAAAGAUGCUGCUGUUUUCUGCAAAUCAAGGAAUGGAUAACGCGGCUUUUAUUUGCCCGAAAUGUCUCGAUCAACCAGAAGGGUACACAAGAGAAGUCAUUACCCAAGAAAUCAAAUCUGUUCUUGGAAGAGUGGCGAGCCUGCUGAGCGGAGAGGAAGCGACACCUAUCGAGAACUCUCAAUCACCGUUUUCCGCGGAAGUUUCUCCACAGCAUAUUAGCCAGCACCUGCCUGGUCAAUCCAUGGAGAGUUCGCAAUGGCACGACGGCACCGCAACAACCCUACCACGGCCCCGAAACGAAAAGUAUGAAGGUUUCGACAAGUCUGUCAUCCGCGGUCUUGUUCGUACCCUGGAUGAAUGCAUAUUCAACUACAGCAAGGAAGUUUGUGAUGUGAUCCAAGCAUUUGGAGAUCCUGAAGACGAGGCUUUUAAUUUUCCCUUGAAGACAUGGCAACUCAUCGAUGCGAGGGCGCCCCAAGUCACUGGGCAGGAAUGGUACCAAAUCACUGAUGGUUCUCUCACUCCGAUGAAGGGCCACACCUCGCUGACUGCUUCAUUGCGGACAAUGUUACAAGCAGAUCGCGACUCGCCACUUGAAAUUGCGGCCAGCUUGGGCGAUCUCAACUUUUCGCAGGUGCACCGCGCUUUCGUUUCAUGGUUUGUAAUUGACGUUCUAGGAAACAAGCUUGACAUCUUUGAAUUGCCAAAUAUGAAGCAAGUGAGGGUCAUGAUGGCGGGUGUCCACCAAUUCGGAGAAGAGAGUACGUCGGUGUCUAAAGUAGCACUGUUUGAUUAACUGACAUACAUCUAGGAUGGCCAGAAAAUGGGCGACAAGUUUUGCGAGAAGUUCAACUGAGAACAUGGGAAAAACCCGCAUUCGGGGAAGAGCUGCUGA